AUGGUGGAAGGUGCUCAUCAAGCACAGCACUUGGAUGAGAAUUUUGAGGACGAUGAAGCGACAUUAGCAGCAAGAAUAUGGUGGAAGACGUUGCAAAUCGAGACUAUGAUAGAAAACGUUGCUAAGCGAACUGAAAUAUGGAAAAAGAAUCUAGGAAAGGCAUCAAAAAGCAAUUGAAUGGAAGAAGAGUCGAAAGACGGAAAAGUUUCUCAAUUGGCACGGGUUAGCGAACGGCAAAAUCUUACUAUCACUGUUUUAGAUAUUGCUAAACGAUACAGAUCGAGUAGAGGUCAUGGCAAUGGAAAUGAAAAGCAGAAGCCUCCCAAGUGA